AUGGAUAAAGGGGAGUGCACCAAGGAUUACCCUAAGAAGUUAUCAGAGCAUACACAUAUCGAUAAAACUGGAUAUUUCAGAUAUAGAAGGAGAUCAGACCCCAACAAUUUAUUCUUAAAAGGCAACAUUGAGCUUGGAAAUCAAGACGUCGUCCCUCACAACGUCAGUUUACUCAGAAAAUAUCAGGCCCAUAUCAAUGUUGAGUGGUGCUGCAGAACAAGCGCGAUCAAAUAUCUUUUUAAAUACAUUACGAAGGGUGUUGAUCGAGCUACUGUCCUUAUAGAGGAAGCAAAAAAAGGCGCAUCUAAGUUUGAUGAGAUAGAGAAGUUUCUGCAAUGUCGAUACAUCUCAGCGUGUGAAGCUUCAUGGAGGUUAUUUGCAUUCCACAUUCAUCACAAUCAGCCUAGUGUCGUUAAGCUCCCUGUACAUCUACCAGGCCAGCACUAUACUGCCUUUGAGCAAUCUGCUAACUUAGAAGAAGUUAUCUCAAGGGAAGACAUCGAGAAAACUAUGUUAACUGCAUGGUUUGUUGCGUGUGAGACAUACGAAGAAGCACGGGAGCUGACAUACGUUGAGUUACCUACUAGGUUCGUGUUUCACACAUCAGGCAAAUUAUGGACCCCAAGAAAGUUAGGCGGAGCAAUAGGCAGAGUGGUUUACAUCAGUCCAGCUGCUGGGGAUGUGUACUUCUUACUGAUUUUGGUCAAUGUUGUUAGAGGCCCUAGGUGUUAUGAGGAUGUAAAAACUGUUGGUGGUGUGGUUUAUAAGAAGUAUAAAGAAGCAUGCUACGCACGUGGGUUGCUAGAUGAUGACCGAGAGUGGCAUGAUGCUAUUGAAGAACCAUCAUAUUGGGCUACAGUUGUUAAUCCUUUAAAUCUUUGGGAUCAUACAUGGAAGUUUCUGUCUGAAGACAUCCUCUACAUGAAAAGAAAGGAAUUCAGAUUCCCGGGACUUGAACUCAAUGAUGAGCAGCUGAAACAAUAUACAUUGAUCGAACUUGAGCAACUCCUUAAGGAAAACGACCAGUCUCUGGCUGACUACCCUGACAUCCCAUUGCCAAAUAAUGCUAUUCUAACUGAGAUAUCGAAUACUGUCUUGAGACAGGAGUUGAGUUAUGAUAUACAGCAAGAGACUGAGAGUCAUCAGAGAACAGUAUAUGAUGCGGUGCUGGAAUCUGUUGAAAGUCAGUCUGGGCAGUUGUUUUUUGUAUACGGUCCAGGAGGAACAGGUAAAACGUAUCUAUACAGAACCCUCAUCGCGAAGCUUAGAUCAACCAGUAAAGUAGUCAUUCCAGUUGCAUCAUCCGGAUUUGGUGCACUAUUGCUCCAUGGAGGUAGAACAGCGCAUUCUCGCUUCAAGCUGCCCCUAACAAUGAGUGAUGUGUCGAUGUGUACCAUCCACAGAAGUUCUAUGUUGGCUACAUUGAUAGCAAAGACAGAUUUAAUCAUCUGGUACGAAGCUCCAAUGGCACACCGUCAAGCAUUUGAGACACUGGACCGUUCUCUCCGGGAUUUGUUGUCACCUGCAAAUCAAGACGCUUUUAACAGACCUUUUGGUGGCAAGACUGUUCUCUUAGGAGGUGAUUUCAGGCAAAUAUUGCCAGUGGUGCCUCAAGGAGGACGACCAGAUACAGUCCUUGCAUCAAUUAGCAAAUCAUACCUAUGGAAAAAUGCUAAAGUUUACACACUUUCCAUAAACAUGCAGCUAAAGGAGGAAGACAGAGACUUCGCUAAGUGGAUUCUGGAAGUAGGUGAUGGUGUAGCUCAAACUGUUCCCUCUCAUACAAGUAAAACAGAGGAAGGUGAUCCCAUUGUUGUGAGCAAACGAUUCAUGAUACCUUCAUCAGAGAAACCACAUGAAGCACUGGCAAAAGCGGCAUAUCCAGACUUCAUUCAUAAUUACCGGAACAAGAAGUACUUAACAAAGAGAGCAGUCCUCACACCUACAAAUAGUACUGUCCAUGAGCUAAACGCAUAUAUGCUGUCUCAAGUUCCCUCUCAAGCUAGAGAGUAUUUGAGUUCCGAUUCCGUUGAGCUGGAAGCUACACCAGACGAUGACUGGACAACCCCUACCCUCAAGAGUAUCUUAAUUCUCUUGAGUUUCCUGGACUGCCAAACCACAGGCUAUGCUUGA